AUGUUCUUUUUCCUGCGCAGAUGUGGAUGUGGACGCUAUUUCGCUUGUCACUACUACUUCGAGGAGGAGGAAGACAGAGCUUCGAAGACGACGAACGUCAAAUGGUCCAUCUCGCAUUGUACGGCCACGUUUCCGACCGACAGCUAUGGCGUAUUGAAGUUCUGUGGUGUAGCGGACUACACGAAGGCUCAGUACGUGAGACUGGAUUUUACCAGUGACCCUGAUGACAUCUGGCAGCUUCUUGUGCAUGCUUUUGGAUUUGAGCCCCCUAAGCUGGUGAUCACCAUCCAUGGUGGCGGAAACGAUUUCGAAAUGACAAAGGCUUUGAAGCGUGAGUUUGAGAGCGGUCUGCUACAAGUAGCCACGACGACAUCGGCGUGGAUCAUCACUUCAGGGGUACGUGCAGGUGUAACAAAACAAGUGGCGGCUGCGCUUUGUGGCAGCACUUCGUCACGUUCGAAACAGAAAUUUUUUGUGAUCGGCAUUGCCCCUUGGGGAUUAGUUAGGCAUUCAGAGAAACUGAUCGGCGAGAAUCGUACUGUAACAUAUUAUCCGUUUUCUUCUCGCAGUCGCUAUCUUUCAUUGUGUGAAGGUCAUUCAUGUUUUCUGUUAGUGGACAAUGGGACUAUGGGUCGGUCUGGAGCCGAGUUGUUGUUGCGCAGGAGAUUUGAAGAAUUCUUACGCCAGAAGACUAUGCUGGGUACUGCCCGACUUAUGCCAUUGGUGUGCCUUGUGAUCGGCGGCGGUCGUCUCGCCCUUCACUCCGCUUCAAAUUAUAUGUGUUCAUCGCCACCGGUGCCUGUCGUCGUCUGCAAGCACAGCGGAAGAGCGGCUGAUUUGCUGGCGUCAGCCUACGAAGACUUUGUGCAAAGAGGCCACGAAGAAAGCUUCAAGACAGGAUUAAAGGAAGAUCUUAGAACGGAAUUCGAUGCGAACGACGACGAAUUGGAAUUUUGGUUCAGUCUGAUAGAAAAAUGUGCGAGCAAGCGAAACCUGGCCAGGAACAUGUCCGCCGUCGAUCGAUUGAACUUACUGCUAACAUGGAAUCGUGAAGAUAUGAUGCAUGCCGAAUUCGAACAAACCGUUGAUUGGAAAGAGGGGUCGUUGGACCCCGUGUUCAUGGAAGCUUUGAUUUACAAUCGAGUCGAGAUCGUUCGCUUACUGCUGACCAAUGGCGUCGCGGUGGAGAAGUUUUUGACCCCGGAACGUUUGGAAGCAUUGUACAAUACGGAUAAAGGGCCUCCGAACACACUGUCUUACCUCAUUCAGGAUGUGAUUCAAGAUGUGAGUCGUUCGUACAGUUUUCGACUGACCGACAUCGGACUGAUUAUUGAAAAAUUGAUUGGAUAUGGUUAUCGGGCGGCCUAUCGUCGCAGAGAGUUUCGCAUUCAGUACAAACAGGUAAGUGAAACUGUAGUCUGGUCUACUGGUGUUGGUUUUGGAGUAAUUGUUAAAGCACAAAGUUAAUG